UGAACAUUUCAGCAGCAAUUUGACAGUAUAAGAAGUGCAAAUACAAGAUCACAUCAGAGUGCGUGGAAAUCAUUUAAAGUCAGAAUGUUCCGAGGAGUCUGUUUGGGACUUUUUUAUAUAGUGCUGGUCUUCCUCCUGCUGUGCUCAGUCACAGGCUUGCACCUGAUGGAUCACCGUAGAGAUGCAGAGGAUGACCAGGAGCGCAACAAAGCCAUUUUGGAAAUGCUUCAUAUCAAUAAAGUGUCUGCGAGCCAUCAGGCUAAGCCACAUCCGUACAUGAGGGGGAUCUAUCAGCGUUUGGACUCACUGGAGGCCCAAGACUUUGGGAGUUCAGAUGGAAUGCUGGUGCAGAGUUUUCGUAGUGUUGUUGGUCCUCCAGGAUGGAUCUGGUUCAAUGUCAGCGGCCUGAACCCCUCCAUGCUGGGUGCAGAGCUGGUUCUGUUCAGGAAAACCCUGCACCCGCGUCCCAUCAGUGUGACUGUUACCCUGCACAGUGUCACAGCUUCACAGGGAGCUCUGAAGGAAAGGCCUGCCCUCGAGGAGAGACUGCUGACCCUGGACCAGCGCUCCUCAUCUGGAUAUGAUGUGUUUGACGUGUCAGCUGUUCUGCCUGUGAAGCCUCUGGAGGUGGUGGGCUUUCAGCUGCGUUAUACAGACGAGAGUGGGAGUCUGGUCCUUCAUGAAGCCCUGACACAGACUCUUUACUGUCUGAACAGAGGCUCACUGAGUGAACCCUUACUGGUGCUUUACCAGUCACAUCCUCUCCACAUCUAACUCUGUGAUAAUAUGUGAUCUGUGAUUGAUAUGGUCGAUAUUAUGCAGAAUGUUUCAGCACAAAAUUGGCAAGGGGGUGAUGACAUAAUAUAUUCACGCCAAGGUUUAAAGGUCCAACGUGUUUAGUUGUUCAUUAUCAAAAUAUAAUAUACGCCC